AUUUUGGCUCUCAUCGAGCCAGUUUCCUGAGCGACAGAGGGCGGAGCCUGACAAAUCUGAAAGUGGGUUGGAACAGCCAGCCAGCAUCUCGGAGCAGCAGCAACGGUGGGAGAGCAGUAGUCUGUGUGGGAAUGUGAUAAAACAUCAAAUAUCCACCGGGGCGGAUGGAAUAGCAGUCGACAUGACAGUGGAAGUCUUCAGUUUGUGUUCGGGCAGCUGAAGCGGUGUGUUGACUGGGUGACAUAACGCCGCUGGUUAUCAAAGAGCCUGCGGCAAAAAAGAGCACCUUUUUCCGGUUUUCGUGGAGAAGACAAACAUGCAAAAAAGAGGGAGUAAAUUUGUGCAGCCCGGUGCGGUUCCUCUGCAGCUAGCUCGCUGGCUAGCCUGCUAGCGUUCCAGCAGAAGGUGGCGCCGCCCAGUGACAGCCUUUCAUGCUAAUGUGGCUAGCCGGCUAACGCCAACUCUUCAGUGGCCGCUGGUUUUUCCGCGCACUGUGUGUGCCUUAACAUUACUGAGAGUGGCACAGCGGUACCCCCGCUGUGAAAGCGAAGCCCUCACCGUUGAUAUUUUCUCCGUGGAGCUCGCGUGGGCGGAGAGCAUCCCCCGUUUACCUGUAGACCAUGGCGGACGACGACGUGCUGUUCGAGGAUGUCUACGAGCUGUGCGAGGUGAUCGGAAAAGGUCCCUUCAGUGUGGUGCGGCGCUGCAUCAACAGGGACACAGGUCAACAAUUUGCCGUGAAGAUCGUUGACGUGGCCAGCUUCACCUCCAGCCCUGGCCUCAGCACAGAAGACCUGAAGCGAGAGGCCAGUAUCUGCCACAUGCUGAAGCACCCCCACAUUGUGGAGCUGUUGGAGACCUACAGCUCUGAUGGCAUGCUCUACAUGGUCUUUGAAUUCAUGGAUGGCGCAGACCUGUGUUUUGAAAUUGUGAAGCGAGCUGAUGCUGGAUUUGUGUACAGUGAAGCCGUGGCCAGCCACUACAUGAGGCAGAUUUUGGAGGCACUUCGGUACUGUCAUGACAACAACGUCAUUCACCGUGAUGUGAAGCCUCACUGUGUGCUGCUGGCCUCGAAGGAAAACUCUGCUCCUGUCAAGCUGGGAGGCUUUGGAGUGGCAAUACAGCUGGGAGAGUCUGGCUUAGUAGCUGGAGGUCGAGUGGGUACUCCGCACUUCAUGGCUCCAGAGGUGGUGAAACGGGAGCCGUACGGCAAACCGGUGGAUGUUUGGGGAUGUGGAGUCAUCCUGUUCAUCCUCCUCUCUGGCUGUCUGCCUUUCUACGGCACCAAGGAACGCCUGUUUGAGGCCAUCAUCAAGGGGAGAUACAAGAUGAACCCGCGCCAGUGGGCCCAUAUUUCCGAGAGCGCUAAGGACCUGGUGAGACGCAUGCUGAUGUUGGAUCCUGCCGAGAGAAUUACCGUCUAUGAGGCCCUCAACCACCCCUGGCUGAAGGAGAGGGACAGGUACGCGUACAAGAUCCACCUGCCUGAAACGGUGGAGCAGCUGAGGAAGUUCAACGCUAGGAGGAAGCUGAAGGGUGCAGUUCUGGCCGCUGUGUCCAGUCACAAGUUCAACUCGUAUUACGGCGACCCACCUGAGGAGCUGCACGACUUCUCAGAUGAUCCCACCUCCUCAGGACUGCUAGCUGCUGAAACAGGGGCAGUCUCCCAGGUUUUGGACAGUCUAGAGGAGAUUCAUGCGUUGACAGAUUGCAGUGAGAAGGACAUGGACUUCCUUCAUAGCGUCUUCCAGGACCAGCAUCUUCACACCCUGUUAGAUCUUUAUGACAAGAUCAACACCAGGUCCUCUCCUCAGAUCAGGAAUCCUCCGAGUGACGGCGUGCAGAGAGCCAAAGAGGUACUGGAGACCAUCUCCUGUUACCCAGAGAACAUGGAGGCCAAGGAGCUGCGGAGGAUCCUCACACAACCACAUUUCAUGGCUCUGCUACAGACCCAUGACGUGGUGGCCCAUGAGGUCUAUAGUGAUGAGGCGCUGAGGGUGACCCCACCGCCUACGUCACCAUAUCUGAAUGGAGACUCUCCAGACAGCACCAACGGAGACAUGGACCUGGAAAACGUCACCAGGGUUCGCCUAGUCCAGUUCCAGAAGAACACAGACGAGCCCAUGGGCAUUACUCUGAAAAUGAAUGACCUCAACCACUGUAUCGUGGCCCGUAUCAUGCAUGGCGGAAUGAUUCAUCGGCAAGGCACUCUGCAUGUAGGAGAUGAGAUUCGAGAGAUUAAUGGCAUCAGUGUGGCCAAUCAGACAGUAGAGCAGCUCCAGAAGAUGUUGAGGGAGAUGAGGGGUAGCAUCACUUUCAAGAUUGUACCCAGUUACCGGUCUCAAUCCAUGUCUUGUGAGAAGGAGUCACCAGAUUUGUCCCAGCAGUCGCCUGCUAACGGUCACGCGAGUGUCACCAGCUCUAUCCUGGAUCUGCCAUCCACAAUUCAGCCUAAAGGCCGUCAGAUCUCCAGAUCUGCUAUCAAGGACAAAUUGUCCAUCAAGAUAUAUGUGCGUGCUCAGUUUGAGUAUGAUCCAGCAAAAGAUGACCUUAUCCCUUGUAAAGAGGCGGGCAUUCGCUUCCGGGUGGGUGACAUCAUUCAGAUCAUCUCCAAGGACGACCACAACUGGUGGCAGGGAAAGCUGGAGAACACAAAGAAUGGCACAGCAGGCCUCAUCCCUUCACCGGAACUGCAGGAGUGGCGAGUGGCAUGUAUAGCAAUGGAGAAAACCAAACAGGAACAACAAGCUAGUUGCACCUGGUUUGGCAAGAAGAAGAAACAGUACAAAGACAAGUACUUGGCCAAGCAUAAUGCAGUCUUUGACCAAUUAGACCUGGUGACAUAUGAGGAAGUGGUCAAACUGCCGUCAUUCAAGAGGAAAACACUGGUUUUGCUUGGUGCUCAUGGAGUCGGGAGGAGACACAUCAAGAACACACUCAUCACUAAACAUCCUGAGCGCUUUGCCUACCCCAUCCCUCACACGACUCGGUCUCCUAAGAAGGACGAGGAGAAUGGAAAGAACUACUACUUUGUAUCUCAUGACCAGAUGAUGCAGGACAUCAGCAACAACGACUACCUGGAGUAUGGCAGCCAUGAGGAUGCCAUGUAUGGAACCAGAUUGGAGACCAUCAGGCAGAUCCACGGACAGGGCAUGAUCGCCAUCCUGGAUGUGGAGCCGCAGGCACUAAAGAUCCUCAGAACAGCAGAGUUUGCUCCCUACGUUGUAUUCAUCGCGGCCCCCAACUUAACCCCAACCAUGACAGAGGACGACUCCCUUGAGCGGCUCCAGAAAGAAUCAGAGAUGCUGCAGCAGACCUACGUGCACUACUUUGACCAGACCAUCAUCAACAAUGAGAUCGACGACACCAUUCGCCUGCUGGAGGAGGCUGUGGACCUGGUGUGCACCACUCCACAGUGGGUCCCCGUCUCCUGGGUCUACUGACACACUAUUACUUUUAGCUCAUUAAAUUACCCUGAAGAUCCACUACAGACGCUAAACUUUGGUCACCUCGGCCCAAAACACACGUCUUUGUAGACGAGCUGUUGCUGACCCUGUUUUCAGCUACAGCCUGAAAGGCAUAUUGUUGUGUACAUAUAUACAUAUAUAAAUACUAAAAGCUAAAUGAAUAUGUUUCUGUCCUUACAUAGCUGAAGGAAGAGAAGAGUCAAUGUGGUAGAUAUUUUGUACUUUUCUUUUGUACUGACAGACAGGCGGUGAUACCGGCAAGGCAAUAGUGAGCAUGACCGUCAGGCCGCCUUGUGUAUGUCGACCUUUUAAGACACCUCUCUUUUCACGUCAUCGUCCUCUAAUCUUGCCGGCCCCUGUGACAAACAAGCCGAGCUCUGAAGCACAGUGGAAGCUGCUGUGGUGGUGACGACAUGGAGGAAAAAAAAAGCACAGCGAACACGGUAGUUUCCUCCUCCAUAACCCUGUGUGCCUGUGGCUUUGUUGAAGGAGCACACCACGUCCCUGUGUCGCCGUCUUAAACCCUCCCUGUAGUCUUUGUUUACAUCUCAGUUUGCACAAAAUGGACAAAGACAUGGACUGCCAUCGGUUUUAGUUUAGUCUUUCAGAAGAGGAGCAGGAACACUUGGUUUUUUUAAGGGGACUCAAUUAUGAAAAUGCACUGGCACCCAUGGCUAAAAAUGGCUCUUGAACUGGAAGAAGACCAAAAAAGGAAUACAAGCAACAAACUGCCUUACUAGAGCCCCAGGGAACAAGUCGCUAACACCUAUGCACACCCCUGGAUCCUCCCAGGCCGACCACCGCCAGAGAUGUUUGUCAUUUUGAGCCUUGCUCGUUCAGUUAAAAAAAAAAAAAAAAAAAAAGUGAACAAUGAGGGCCUCCUGAUGUAGGGCAAACCUCAUCCUAGAGCAACUGUUUGGGAAAUGUUAACUGUUGUCUUUACAAAAAAAAAAACUAUAUCUAAGGAGUAUUAGUGUUUUGAAGGAGCAAAAAUAACUCAACUCUUUGUGUAAAUGUUUCAAUGGUGCGUACGUCAUACGAGUGAAUUACCAAGAGCCAGUGUAUAUUAAUCCUUAAAAGAAGCUCCGUAUGUGACAUAACCUCUUCACGCUUUACCAGAAGUGGUGUAACACGGCCCCACCUGCAGGAACGCAAAAGCACACAGAGCGGUUCAGUCAAAAAAUACAACAAAAUACAAAGCAAGCCAGAGCUGGGCUUUCUAACUCUGCAGGUGCAGCCGGUGGCACCACUUCAGCUAAAGUUUUCAUUUCAAGUCCUGUGUAAAUUUCCUCUGCAAAAGAUAAAAGCAGCUAUUCUGUAUGAAUUUUUUUUAAAUUUCAUUUUUAAGAAAAUAUAUUUCCUUUUAUGUGUUUAAACUGCUUUGUCUUCUUUGUAACGUGUGAAAGCACCUGCUAAUGUGUGUGAGAUAAAUUUUAAGCACAGUAUUAUCCCAAAAUGUCCUGCAGUACUGUCGUCGUGCACGAUUGUGAGUCUAAAAUGCCAGAAAACUGCCUUUUCAGUACUGCUUGGGAUCAUUGGCAUUGAUCAGAUUUUUUUUUUUUAUAACACAAAGCUUGGUUACAUUAUUGCUAUAGAGGAAAUGAUGCGUGACAUCACACCUGCUGAACACGUGAACGGGCUGGAGGGCAGAAAGCCACCAUUGUUGAGUUGUUGUUUACCUCAAGCGUGCUAUUGAAAUUUGCUGUGAUUAGGAGAGCGAAAAUGACCUCAACUCUUCAUGUACACCAGUGGUUAACACGUGUCAUGCCGUAGGAUAUACCAACAGGAGUAAAAGGGUCAGGUGUGAAAUUUACCUUUUUCCAGCAGACAGAGUGGCAUCAGAGAUGGAUUAAAAUGUAUUUAAUUGGCA